AUCCGUUGAGCGAAUAGAUGCUCGUGGCCGAGCUGAGCGGGACGCUACUUGUGUGUGGUGGACACCAGAGAACACAGAAGGCACAAGGUGCACGUCUUUGACGGUCAAACGAACCACCAAAUCUCCAUUCUUAGCACCAUUCAGAAACGCCGAGCAUGGCUUCGAAAUGCCCCAAGUGUGACAAGACGGUCUACUUCGCUGAGAAAGUGUCGUCGCUGGGCAAGGACUGGCACAAGCUGUGUCUCAAGUGCGACCGCUGCAACAAGCUCCUCAAUGCCGGUGGACACGCCGAGCAUGACGGAAGGCCCUACUGCCACAAGCCGUGCUACGCUGCCCUCUUUGGGCCAAAAGGUGUGAACAUUGGCGGUGCCGGCUCCUACGUGUACGACACUCCGGCCAACAACAACAACCCAACGACUGAUGUGGACUCAUCGGCCUCCAGAGCGGAGGAGAAGAAGACGUUUGCAGCCAAGCCACCCUCCAAAGCUGGCAGCAUCACCACUUUUUCCGGCGAGGCCAACCUGUGUCCCAGAUGUAACAAGAAGGUAUAUUUUGCCGAGAAGGUGACGUCGCUGGGCAAAGACUGGCAUCGCCCCUGCUUGCGCUGCGAGAGGUGCAGCAAGACUUUGUCCGCUGGCAGCCACGCGGAGCACGACGGCCAGCCUUACUGCCACAAGCCGUGCUACGCCGUGCUCUUCGGGCCCAAAGGCGUCAACACGGGUGGCGUGGGCAGCUACAUCUACGAGCCUGCGCAGUGAUACCCCCUCUUCCUCCUCCUGCACCCCCUCCAUCCUCCUCCUCAGCGUUCCUUUUAAUGUAGACGUUCUCCUGCAGCCUUCUCCUCGGCGGCCAUCUUGAUCCACGUCUUCUCCUCCUCACUUCACCUAUUUAAUUGUCAUCCUAGCAGGCACAAUUUGAGGCGUUUACAAAAUAUUCGAAAAAUAAAAAAAAAAAAGUUCCUAACUGAGCAGCAUAGGUUUCCUCGGUGUGCUCAUGUGCUCCUCUAGUGGCCAACAUGUGUAAGUGCAAACCACUCACUGCUUGACGUGUUCAUCAUAAAUGUUCUUGACAUGUAACAAAGUGUACACGGACACUUUAAACACUUUGACUGCCUGCUUGACGAUAUAAAAACGAGGAUUGUUGACAUGUAAUUUGCGUGCAAGGACUCUUCCAGGUGCACUGGUGGGUUUUUUUUGUUUGUUUUUUAAAAAAGUCGGAGCGUGUUUUAUGUCCCAAAAUCCGGAGAGUAUUUCCAUGUUGUGUGUUCUAAAAUAACUGCAAGGUUAUUUAUUAUUCCUGUCAUUUCAACACCUUGAAAAUAAGCUGUUACAUGCAUUUUUCUCUGGUUAAGGAUUAGUAGUUGUAAUAAUCCUGCUGUUGUUCCGACAAAGUGUUGCGUUAGCUUAGCUGCUAGAGACACUGCCUAACGACUGUUACUGUAUUUUGUUUAUUAUCUGUUGGUGCAUCUUAGGACACGUUGGCUGUUGUACGACGGGAACACUUUUAUUAUUAUUAUUGUUGAUAAUAUUCAUUUGAAUCUGUUUCUGUUCUCAACCGGUUGUGGUCUCUUGUACAUACAAUAAAUCAACACUACAAGUGGU